UUUUGCAGAAGCAGCCGGGGCACGCCAGAGAUGGCCGUUGUGCGGAGGUGGCGAUUGCUGAACAUGAGAUUUCCAUUAGCCUUCUUCAAGUAGUGAAGGGAAGGAACCUGCUCCCCUCCUCCCGGACCACCCUAACCUGAGGCCACGCUCCCGCCAGCCUGCCGACAGCUUGGUGUGGAAGUCUCCGUGUGCGGAGAUUCACCCACACUCCUUCCCUUCUGUAUCUGCUGCCUUUGAGAGCACUUAGUAUGCGCCACGCGCGAUGUUAGGAGGUUCCUGCCUAAUUUUGUUGCUUCAUAUUGACAUAAGAAGAAUGUCAGGCUCAGAGAGGCUAAGUGACUUGCUUAGGGUCACGCAGCCAGUUGGUAGCCAAGCCAGGAUUAUAGCUCCCGCUUGUUAGGACAAAAAGCCAGAGAGUGUGGAUUCAACUCUCGGGAGCUGUGGGGUGGUCCGGCAAAUACAGCCAGCAUUUGAGGAUCCUUGCCUCACCCGGGUUUCCCCUUCCCCUUGUUCCGGUCCACCAUCCUCCCGGGAGGCAGGGUCCUAACAUCACGCAGUACCCUAGCUAGGCACUCCCAAACGCUAGGCCUGUUCGCUAGCGACCUCUGGAGGGCCAAACGGGUUCGGGGCUCAGUUUGGCGGGGGACAAUUUGCAUAACGGAGACCGCUCGCUUACCCCACCCCUCCAGCGGUCUCAUCUUCCUCGCUCUCCCAGUCCCCUCUGCCCUUCAUCCCCGACCCCCUGCUCCUCCCCAGCAAAUCCUCCUUCCGAGACUCCCGAGUGGGUCUCUCAGCUCCCAUGCUCUCCUCCCACGGCCCUGCACGGAGUCGGGAGGCACCUGAGAGACGGGAGUCCUGAGCUGGACCGGGGAGGGAAGACGCCUGGGGCACUGCCCAGCGCUAACAAAGGAAGCCAGCUGCUGGCCGGCUGAGUUGCUGAGCAAGCGAAGCAGCCGCAAUCUCUGCAGUCGACAGAGCGCAGCGAGCAGGGUAGAGCCAACUGUUCAGAGUUCUGCAGCAGCAGCAGCUCGGAAAGAAGCAGUGAAGUCAUGGAGCCCAGCUGAAGUGAAUUGGCUUUCCUGAACCUGCCCCAGCGCUGGUGCCAGGUCUCUGCCCCUAUAAUGAGGGAGGAGGCAAAGGAGAAGAGUAGGAGAAAAGAGAUUUAUUGCGCCUUCCCCACUUGGAAGAUGAGGGGCAGAUGCAGACACAGGUCUUUCCCAUCCACGAAGGCUUCUUUGAUCUCAGGCUGGAUGUGGGCCCCUCUUCCUGCGCUAAGAUUCUGAGAACCUUCUUUGCAACAAGAAAACGUUGAUGAAGCUGAGCCAUAGGCACUGACCUUGUUCCUGGGAACAUUGAGAGCCCUGUCUGAGUGGAAAAUAAUAUUCUCACAAAACCUGGAGGAGCAUGCAAGAGAGCAUUCGUUCAGGCCAGGAGUAUGGUGGAAGUCCACACAGAUAGAGGAACUCUACACCGGAGAAUCUGGAAGCCUCCAUCUUGGAUUCCUGAAGUGAAAGGAGGAAGUGAUGUUUUUUCAUCAUCCUGAGAAAGAUGAGCCCUGGCCUCCAGACCCAAUAAAGCAAAGAUCCUCCCAUGGAGAAUAGUGCUGGAUCCUGAGGACCUAGAGGGCCUGUAGCCCCAGGUGGAUUAGCCAGAAGCAGGCUUGUUUUUCUGCUCAGAACAGAGUGGCUUCCUUGAAUGAAUCUUUCAUUAUGAUUCACACCAACCUGAAAAAAAAAUUCAGCUGCUGCGUGUUAGCCUUUCUCCUGUUUGCAGUCAUUUGUAUAUGGAAGGAAAAGAAGAAAGGGAGUUACUACAAUACCCUUAAAUUGGAAACCAAGGUGGUGAGGAGUUUGGAAAAACUGUCCAUAGGGUUUGGUUCCCAGCCUGCACCUUCAAGCAGAACCCAGGAUCUGCACAGGAAUAGCCAGGCCCUCAGCAGUCCCAAGGAACGAGUCAAGACCAAGCUGGAACCCUUCUUCCAGGUGUGGAACAAGGACAGCUCUUCCAAAAACCUUAUCCCCAGGCUGAAGAAGAUCUGGAAGAAUUAUCUGAGCAUGAACAAGUACAAAGUGUCCUACAAGGGACCAGGGCCUGGUGUCAAGUUCAGUGCAGAGGCCCUGCUCUGCCACCUCCGGGACCAAGUAAAUGUAUCCAUGGUAGAGGCCACAGAUUUUCCCUUCAACACCUCUGAAUGGGAGGGUUACCUGCCCAAGGAGAAAAUUAGGACCAAGGCUGGGCCAUGGGGCAGGUGUGCCGUUGUCUCGUCAGCAGGAUCUCUGAAGUCCUCUCAACUGGGCCAAGAAAUAGAUAAUCAUGACGCAGUCCUAAGGUUUAAUGGGGCACCCACAGCUGACUUCCAACAGGAUGUGGGAACGAAAACCACCAUUCGCCUGAUGAACUCUCAGCUAAUCACCACAGAAGAGCGCUUCCUCCAAGACAGUUUGUACAAUGAAGGAAUUCUAAUUGUAUGGGACCCAUCUGUUUACCAUUCAGAUAUCCCAAAGUGGUACGAGAAUCCUGACUACAAAUUCUUUGAUAGCUACAGGAGCUAUCGUAAGCUACAUCCUGAUCAGCUCUUUUACAUCCUCAAGCCCCAGAUGCCUUGGGAGCUGUGGGACAUCAUUCAAGAAAUCUCCCCAGAGGAGAUUCAGCCAAAUCCCCCAUCCUCUGGGAUGCUCGGCAUCAUCAUCAUGAUGACGCUGUGUGACCAAGUGGAUAUUUAUGAAUUCCUCCCAUCCAAGCGCAAGACUGAUAUGUGCUACUACUACCAGAAAUUCUUUGACAGCGCCUGCACGAUGGGCGCCUACCACCCGCUCCUCUUUGAGAAGAAUCUGGUAAAGCACCUCAACCAGGGCACAGAUGAGGACAUUUACCUGCUUGGAAAAGCCACAUUGCCUGGCUUCCGGAGGAUUCACUGCUGAGUAUGGGCUCCCCGGCCAGGUGCCCUCACCCUUCUCCAUCAGGCAUUUUACAGCCUGUCUGUUGGCCUGGAAUGGGAUGACCAUGUUCCUGAACACUUCUGGUCUGCUAGUAUGCUCUAGGCCUUCUGUCAGCCAGAACCCUAGAGCUUCAGGAGCCUGAGGGUGAGGAACCAGGCCCAGCUUGCCCUUGCCCUGUAGCUGUAGAGAUAUAUGAACCCAAAGCCUCCUGCCAUGCCUAGCACCUGUGUCUGAGGCAGACAGAGUCCUCCUCUCCUUCCACGUGGGUAGAUACAAGAUCCACCUUUCCUACCAGGGCUGCCAAAGCUGGGCUGUUUUUCUGGCAAACCAGUGCUCUUAUAUUGCUUGAAUUCUACACUUAGACAUUGAUUUCAUGUUUUAAAGAAAUUCUCCUAAAUUAUGAUUGUGCUUGUUAAAGGGUGGCUCUGGAGGGCAGGUAAGUCAUAUGGAGUCCAAGAAACAGACUUGAUUUCUCCAGAACAAAGUUGCUCCUAAGGUCCUUGCCCCCAGGAGGGGCAGUGUUUCUAUCACUGGAUGAUUUAGCUAGUCCUUAGCCUUGUCUGGAUGUUUUUUAUGCACAAAGGGUCUUGAUGAACUCACACCCCUCUCCAUAUGGAGACAGGGGAGUAGAAAUGUAUAGUCUCCAUCUUCAAGUUGCUCACAUAGUUCAGUGGGAGUGACAAACAGGCAGGAUUCAGUGACCUCAGCACACUGAGGGCCUGUGGGGAGGUGGGCUUGCUGUGAGGUCUGCAUACCCUGGUGGGGAGGGGCAUACACUUCCUGUGCCUGUGAGUUAUAGAGGACUUCACAGAGUUGGGGGCCAUAGAAUGGAUUUUAGAAGAAGAGGAAAAACAUGCCAAGCAGAUUUUCAGAGUCAUUUGAGUUGUAUUUUCUUUUCUGCUUUUAUUACCCAUUUUAUUCUCUAGGGUCUGCCUGAACUUACAGGCUUAAAUUAUUUUUUGAGGAACCCCCCACCCAUGUCUGAGGCAGCAUGUGUAACCCCAUGGCAGGUACAAUGCCAAAAACCAGGUUUCCUCAGGCUCGGCCGGGCCUGGCCUGGCCUGCCCUGACCCUAUCUUACUAGCUGUAUCUGCCUCUUCCUGUUUAAUGCCCAACCCCAAACCUCCUCCUAACUGUCAUCUUGUUUUUUCCGUUUAAAGUAGUCUUUCCUCUCCUAAAUUACUUCUAAGCGUUUUCUCCUUUAAAAGUAUCCUAACCUGAUUUCUUUGACUUUCAUGGGUCUUCUGUGAAAGGUCUCUCAGGGAGUGGGGAUGUGGUUCCCUAGAACUUAGUUGCCCUCAGAGGUCAAAACCUUAGGGAUCAUAACAGAGUCUCACAAGGUAGACCAGAUGGCCCUGACCUGCACCCCUCCAGCAGGGGAGUAAGGGCAGAGUCUCCAGGCAGAGGCUCUCCCACUGUGGUCUGUAAACAUGCUUUCCAGAUGGUUUGCUCAUCCCCUCCCCCUGGUAGAGAAUCACCCUGGAUAUGUCCUGCGCCUGCUGUGGAGAAGGUAAAGGACUUGCUCAAGGUCACUAAGUAGUGCUGUAGAGCCAGGACUCCUACACAUCUGUGAAAUGGGGGUGAUGAGCCUGCCUUAUAGGGCUGUCGUGAUGGUGACAUGACACACCUGCCCUGGCUCCAUCCCUAGCAUCUGCAGGGCUCAGUAUAUGGUGGUUUCCUUUUCUCCUUUACUAAGGACCGGCUUUGUACCCACACCUGGGCAACACCUUGCUUUGAGGGAGGCAAAAAAUGAGGCCCUGUCUUUAGAGAAUCAACUGUCCCUUUGGGAGACAACUACCCUGCUUGGAAUACCCAGGAAGCCAUCCGAGGCAGUGGAGGAUGUAGAAUGUGCCUUUCUUCCUCCCUGCCUGGAGCCCAGGCUUGAUUCUGCUUGGGAAUGGGCAAAGAAGCACUUGGGCCACUAACUGCUGUGUCUUUUCUGCCUCUCAGAGCCCAUGAGUUCCUGGCUUCCUUCUCCUUCUGAUUUGACACACUCAUUACAAUCAUUGAAUCAUGAACUCUGAGUACAGAGGAAGGUGGCAUUUCAUCAGCAGGAGAUAGAUGUUAGUCUAUACACUGAGAACACACUGGGUAGAUUUGAGCAUUUAGUACUUAUUAAUAUAAGGAAUCAAAUUAAUUUAAGUGUGAUUUUGAGGUCUAUAGGACUUUUAUUUCUGUGAUUUUUAUGUGGGAAGUCUGGUCAAAUGCCAACAAAGGAUAUUAUUGUUGGUGUGGUGAGGUAUUUAAUAUUCGUUAUGGAUAAUUAAAAAAAUUAUGACUGAGUGUUGUAGGAAAGCCCCUGUCUCUAAGGUGUUCUGUUUCCCUCAGUAGUCAUCUCAUCAUCCUUUUUCACGAGGUCCUCUAAUCAUUUCACCAAUUAAAUAAGCUAUGGCUUGAAAUUGAGACAUCAAACUCAGAAACUUUGGAAAUAUGCCUGAGCUACUUCUGAAUUACCCAAAGAUGAUGUAAAAAUUUAAAAUAAAUGUGUUUUUUUAAAAAAA